AUGAUGGGUAAGAAUUCGAAUAGUAAUAAAGAAAUAUUUUAUCCAUAGGAUACCUGUGUAUAGCCUCGAUGGAGUCAAGAGAUUGAGCAAUGCAUUCCUUCAGAUAUUCGAAUUACUAAAGUAAUAAGCUAAUUGAUGAGUAACACCAAAAAAGAUUUAAGAACAAAGGAAGGUAUAGAUGUGUCAUCAGGUAGAAUAUUCUAUUUAUUAAGAGGAAGAAAUUAAGGUACCAAAUGUGGAAGAAAACACUUGA